UGAGUUGAGGAGCACUUUAGUUGCAUUUGCACUUCGAACUAGUUGUAGUAUUCCCUUUUAGGCUGAAGCUGUGAAAGUUUAUGGUUUACCUGUUUUAGGGUUUUUAUCACAUUGGUGUCUGUUUAUUGAUUUGGUUUCCUUUUCUUCUUUAUUUUCCUUACUUAUAUCUACUCAAGCCUGAGUUAAGCAACGUUGGUUUAUUAAUUUAAUUUGUUUUCUUUUCUUUUCUAAUUAUGUCUUUGUGAGUUUGGGUAUUUCAAAUUGAUUUUUGUCUUUAGGCUUAUUUCAUUGACAACUUGUUUGUUUGUUUGUUUUUGUUUGUUCAUUUACUAUUUCAUUAGUGAUUAAUUGGGUUAUUUUGUGAAUUUGUGGUCUUAUUUCUUUUUCUAGUUUCUAUUUUUUGAGUACUUAUUCUAUGGAAUUUAUAAGGAUUAAUAUUCAAGUAUUUAAAUUGCUAUUGGUUUUUUGUGUUUUUGUAUGAAUAAAUUUGAACACCAGAAGAUUACACAUCAAAAUGUUUGUGUCCGUUCUCUCUUUUAUUAAGGCUCAGGACAUCAUGUCACUGACUAUAGACAUUGUUGGGGAGCUGGUGAAACUCAGGACCAUGGAGGAAAAGCUAAAAGCCAUGGAGAACGAAAUAAAGGAGCUCAGGAGAGAGAACGCAGAGCAGGCAACGGCACUGGAAGUCUUGCGUGGUAGCACGAGUGAGAUGAAGGUCAGAGUGAACAAACUGGACAAAAAAGACUUUAAGGUGGCAUUUUCUGCAUUUCUGGUCGAUUCUACAACAUCCAGUUCUCUUGGACCCUUCGACACCCUCAAAACGCUGGUCUAUAAAUAUGUUUUUACAAACAUCGGAGGAGCCUAUGAUCAAAAUACAGGAAUUUUCACGGCGCCUCUGAAGGGAGUCUACGUAUUCAGGGUCUUUUCUAAGGCAAAUGGUUCUGCUGUGACCGCAGGCUUGUUUAAAAAUAACCAGCACAUCUGUUCCACCCACGCGGACCAAGGCAGCGGUUUUUACAGCACGUCAAACGGAGUCACUCUGCAGCUGGAGAAAGGAGAUACUCUAGACGUGCGCCUCUACCCUUCUGCACGCAUAUAUGACAACAGUGUACACCACCACAGCUCCUUCAGCGGCCACCUGCUUUUCCCUCUGUGACCAAGAGGCGCUGCAGCCGGUCAGCUGGAAUGGUUUCACAGGGAAAUAGCAGCUCUGUCGACUGUUAAUCUGCAAUAGAAGCAAUGAAUUGUUUGCUUUGCUAUGCUUGAUAGUCAAAGGCCUUUGUUCCAAUCCUGUCUUGUGCGUGGACAAUCAAAUAGUCCAGAUUAUUCUGAAAUCUUUGUUUGGGCACUUGUUAAGUCGUAUAAUGAGAAGUCUGGAAAGAAAUAAUACACUGAAAACAAGAAGUCGCAUCUAAAAUGAA